CGUGGCUGCAGCAACAUGAACCUGAAAACUGUCCUCAUCCUCUUGGUUAUGGCACUAGCCACAAUUUUCGCUCUGGUUUGUGUGUUGCUGACUAGAGGAGUGAAACCAGCCAGCUGUGAGCCGAAGACCCUGAGCAGCCUGCAGGGAAAGCACAGUGACCAGAGCCUGGUCUUUGCUGAUCUGACACCAGAAGAAAUGGUGCAAGUGGUGAGGUACCUGCAGAGCAGCCUUGGGGUGCCACUGGUAGACGCCUAUAAUGCAAACCCCUCUGAUAACUGCAUUUACUACAUCGAUGUGCAGCUCCCCACCAAGGCAGAGGUGCUGGGGUUCUUGGAUCAUGGGGGAAAGCGACCCUCUCGGCAGGCACUGGCUGUGGUGUAUUUUGGAAACCAGGCAGAUCCAAAUGUCACGGAGUACGUGGUGGGUCCCCUGCCAACACCAACAACUCACCAGGACAUCACGGUGCAGAAGUAUGGAGGGAAACUGCCGUACCACCGCAGACCAGUGCUGGAUUUUGAGUACAAGCUGAUUGCUGGCUUUUUACGGAGGACAGCAUUUCCCACAUCUCUAACCUUCCUGAAUCAAGUAUUUGAUUAUGAUGGAACUAACUUAGCAGCUAUGACCACAGCCCCCCGGGGGUUCCAGUCCGGAGACCGCAACACCUGGUUUGUUCUGUUCCACAACGUGAGUGGCUUCUUCCUGCACCCGGUGGGGCUGGAGGUGCUGAUUGAUCACAGCAGCCUGGAUGUCUCUCAGUGGAGGGUGAGCAAAGUGUUCUUUAACGGCCAGUACUACAGGGACUUGGUGCAGCUGGAGAGCGAGUUCAAGCAGGGCCGUGUCAAAGUGGACCCAGUUAAGAGAGCCCCACCCGACGGGGGAUUCUCUUCCAUGCAGCCACGAGCAGCUCCCAGGGCUCCAUUCCCUCUGCAGUACGAGCCUCAUGGGCCCCGUUACAGUGUCCAAAACAACCAAGUCGUCUCCCGGGCUUGGAGCUUUGCCUUUGGGGUGAACGUGAACACGGGGAUGCGUCUCUUUGACAUCAGAUUUAAGGGGGAGAGGAUUGUCUAUGAAAUCAGUGUCCAGGAUGCUAUAUCUGUCUAUGGGUCCAACUGUCCUGGAGGGAUGUCAACCAGGUACAUGGAUGGGAGCUUUGGCAUCGGGAGAUUCACGUACCCAUUAGCCCGGGGGGUUGAUUGUCCCUAUUUAGCUACGUAUGUAGACACACACUACUUAGCUCAAUCCCCAAACCCUAGAAUUAAUAAAAACUCCAUCUGCAUUUUUGAGGAGAACUCUGGGUCUCCUCUGAGGCGCCAUUACUCCAACUUGCAGUCCCUGUACUAUGGGGGGCUGACCAACUCUGCUCUGGUCCUUCGGUCCAUUGCCACUCUGGGCAACUAUGACUACGUCUGGGACUUCAUCUUCUACGAGAACGGAGCUAUCGAGGCCAAAGUCCAUGCCACAGGCUACAUGACUUCAUCCUUUCUCUACGGUGACGGUCUGGACUAUGGCAAUAGGGUUGGGGAUCACACUCUGGGGACUGUACACACCCAUUCCAUCCAUUGUAAAGUGGACUUGGACGUUGGAGGGAUGAAUAAUACUCUGGUGGCCCAUGACAUGACAUUCGAGUCUGUGCAGGCUCCUUGGAGUCCAGAGCACCAGAUACAGCGCCCACGACUCACCAAGACAGUCCUGGACACAGAGGACAAGGCCGCGUUCCGGCUCCAUUCAAACAUGCCCAGAUAUAUUUAUUUUGCAGCCAACAGUGAAAAUAAGUGGGGCCACCAGCGUGGCUACAGGAUCCAGAUUGUUAGCUUCACCGGGGAACAUCUACCAGAAACCAGUUUGAUGGAGCGAGCUAUCAGCUGGGGGAGGUACAAACUGGCUGUCACCAAACGGAAAGAGGAGGAACCAACCAGUACCAGCAUCUACAACCAGAAUGACCCCUGGACACCCACUGUGGCCUUUGCUGACUUCAUAAACAAUGAGAGCAUCGUAACCGAGGACUUGGUUGCCUGGAUAACAACUGGUUUCCUUCACAUCCCACAUGCCGAGGAUAUUCCCAAUACAGUGACGGUGGGAAAUGGAGUCAGCGUUCUCCUGAGACCCUACAAUUAUUAUGACACAGACCCUUCCAUAUACUCACCUGAUGGUGUCUUUUUCAGCAGUGAGCAGGACUCUAGUGUAUGUGAAGUCAAUCAUAUUGCCUGCCUGUCCAAAAGUGCCUCAUGUUUACCAGUCCUCCCUCCAUUCACCUAUGACGGCUUCCAAAAUCUGACGAGACUGUAAGAGUGAUGGGCUGCGGGGUCUCUGUGUGGUAGAAGAAAGGAAUAUGGUGCACCAGAGUGAGUGCUCUGCCCAGAAGACCCAUUUGCAUAAUGGAGAUCUGUCUUCAAGUCCAUCUCUUAAUGAUGUUGUGUAGCUUUUUAUAUAAUAAUUUCACUACUGCAAGAGGCUGCAUCUUUAAAGGGAAACAUAACAUUCUUGGUGUGCGGCUAGGUUAGAAUUUGCAUUAGUCUUUUUUAGAAUAACUUGUUAAAAUCCAGCCUGUUGCAUGGAGGGAGGCAGGGAGAAGGAGAGCAAAUUGUUCCUCUGGUAAUAAAUGCUGAGUAGUAACUAGCUCAGGUGAAAAUAAUGAAGCUUGAUGUUGGUCCAAA